AUGGAUUUGCGUGCAACUGUUGAUGACACUCUCGGUGACCCCGCAAAGAUACUUACAAAGGAGGAGCAGAAGAAGAUGAGGACGGAUUGUAAGACAUUGCAGCCUCCCCGGGAUAUCAACCGAAGAGUUGGAAUGAAAUCAUACAUAACCGGCGUGUAUAUCGAGCAGUGGGGUUUGCAAGGGAAAGCAAUGCACUAG